AUGACUGUAACUCGUGCAGUGGAUACAGACAAGGAAACGAAGGAAGUAGAUGAUUCCAAAUACUACUGCAGAAGAUAUGGCUGUUGCCAUUGGUACGGCCAUCGAUGCGAAAGGUGCUGUUCAUCACCUGAGGACGCCAAGCUGAUGAACUCUGAUGCCAUGCCUCAAAACUCCUACCAGGUGAAUGAUAUGAAGAGUCCUGAUGGCGAAAACGGAGGAUGGUAUGGUGGUGGCGGUUAUGGAGGCGGCGGACAUGGAGGUGGGGGACAUGGAGGUGGUGGACAUGGAGGAUGGCAUGGGGGUAGCGGUUAUGGAGGUGGUGGCCAUGGAGGUGGUGGACAUGGAGAAUGGCAUGGUGCUGGCGGACAUGGAAAAGGGCAUGGUGGUGGCUGGUCUGGAGGCGCAGCAAGUGAAAUAAAGCCAUGA